UUGAUCAUAGUAAAGUCGAAAUACCUUCACUAAAUGUGAAAAAAUAUGUUCUAGAUGGUAAAUUACUACUGAAUGCUCUUAGUUAUAGUUUUCUCAUUAUCUCAGGUGGCACUUUAUUAUGCUAUAAAAAGAAACGCUUCAGGUCUGCUAAGCUUAUCAUAUCAUCUGUUGCCCCUUACGAGGAUUACUUCAGUUCCAUCGAUGACAUCCGCCAGUAUGGCAACAGAUAUUACAUUAAUUCAACUGGAACAUGCAAUCUCAAAGACAUUCAACCACUUUGGAUUCCAUCCUUGCGAAAAACUGGACAGAUUGAAAAAAAACUUAUCUCAAAGAACGUGCGAAUGUUUAGUAGGCUUCAUAUUGGAAUCUCAAUUUCUAUCUUGGAAAACUUUGAAAAUAGUUUAAGUGCAUGGAGUGAUAACCUUUUAAUUGUGAAGCUUAAAGCUUGUGUUAGCAGUCGAUAUAUUAUAACUGCAAGAUUAGGAGACAAUGCUAUUGUGUUUAAGACAAAGUCGCAAACUGGCUUUAAAGAUCGUGCAAUAUAG